UUUGAAAUCGUUGGAAACACACAUGCGACUCAUGUUCUUUCAGUAAAAAGGAAAUCCCCGAUUCUGCCUCCUCGCGAUAUUUACCGCAGUGGUGUGGCCUGUGGAAGGACUAUCACUGCACUCUCAACUGCUCCAACUCGGAAUGGGGAAGAAGCCGUCAGCAGCGAGCGCCAAUUCCGUAAGCGAACAACUUCACACCGCGGCGAGAUCCGGCGACCUGAAGGCGGUGCAGGCCAUAUGCGCCGCCAAUCCACUCGCCGUCAACUCACGCGACAGGCACUCUCGCACUCCACUGCAUCUAGCAGCAUGGUCAGGGCACGCAGAAGUGGCAAACUAUCUGUGCAAGAACAAGGCUGAAGCCAGCGCUGCUGCAAUGGAUGACAUGGGCGCAAUCCACUUUGCUGCUCAAAAGGGUCAUCUAGAAGUUAUCCAGAUCCUCGUGGCGGCAGGAGUCUCCAUCAAGUCCACCAACCGGAAGGGCAUGACUGCCCUUCACUAUGCUGCACAAGGAUCCAACCAAGAACUCAUCAAGUAUUUACUAAGGAAAGGUGCUAGUGGGGAUUCUCAGAACAAGGCGGGGAAAAGCGCCGUUGAUCUUGCCAGCAGUGAAGACAUCCGUAAGCUGUUAGCUGAAUACAAGUCAGUGUCAGACAAGGUCGUUGAAAAUGGUAAUGAGAAAAGCGAGAAGAGUGAAGAAGAAGGGUUGAAGAUGGAAGAUAAUGAGAGUUUGCAGGGACACGAGGAAGGGAAGGAUGAACCAGGAAGCGUGAAGAGACGGGGUGCAGAGGAGGAUGCUGAAGAAAGCCAGAGGGAAACUAAGAAGUCGAGGGUUGCUCUGAGUCAUCUUCUAGCUGCGGACGAUGCUGACGACGAAAAUGAAGAAGGUUAGUGUAAACUCUAGUGUAUGCUUGUUUUUAACAGCAGUUGGAUUAUUAUUAUUAGGGUGAUUUUGAUAUAUUGAUGUGCGCUAGCUAGUGUUGUAGGGAUGAGCUAACGCAUAUUAUAUCUAUAUAUAUAUAUAUACAUUUGUCUUUGUUCCCCAAAUUUGUAAUUACUGUUUAAUUAUCAUUACUCGUUAAUAGAAUGAUACCUUUUAUGCAAAAUCAAUCUAAUCUAAAUAUAAUAACAAUAAA